AUGAUAUCUCAGAUCGGCCCUCCUUCUAGCGCCAAAUGUUCUGACCUGUUGACACCGGAAUAUAGCUCGUUCUCCGAAAAAGUUAAUCCCAACACACGGGUUCAUGAGUCCCUCCAACAGGAUAUCGGCCACCUCCAAAAAUUCCCCCUCACUGUUGCUACACGCCAAGGUUCCUCACCAUGGAACGUCGACACGUCCCGUGACAAACACCUUCGUCAUGUAACACCUACGAUUAUGCUUGGCCAUUCGCAUUUCUCCCUGUCUUCAUCUUUUCAUAUGGCUCGGACAAGCGAUGACCAACUAGAAGCUUUCACUGCAUCUUCCAUUGAACCAGGUCACUCUUCCUUUGUUGCCGGUUCCACCACCAUUAUUGUGGGUGUUGUUGAAUGUUUGUUGCCACAGCAGUCCAGCAAGCCCAAGUUUGCUCAGCUCUACUUUUAUGAUACAGAAAAUGAAGUGCAGAAUCGGAUUAAUGCAAUUGGCAUGUCUAAUCAAGACCCAGCUAUUGAUCAUACCAUUGUUGCAGAUCUAACCAGCAUGCUUGACUCCAACAACUCUCUUGCUAAGUGCUUCCGAUAUGCUAGGCAAAGGUUCACUGAAAAUUCAACGACUCCGCUGCAGCUUCGUCUUAUCAAGAAGAGGAAUACCGAUGGUAGAAGAUACAAUCUGCCAUCAGCGUCUGAAGUUGCUGCUCUUAUUGUAGGUGAUUUUGAUGCCGACAACCUUUCGAGGGAUGUUGUCAUUCAGACACAUUCGAACCUUCUUAAACAGAUUGAUGUUAAUCAUCCGCAGUAUCUUGCACUACAAUACCCCUUGCUUUUUUCGUACGGAGAAGAUGGUUUUCGGAGUGAUAUCUUAAUAUCCGAUGAAAGAUCUAAGCAGCAGUUACAUAAGCGAGAAACAAUUAGCAUGAGGGAGUUCUUGUCUUUUCGUAUCCAAAUAAGAUCGAAUGAGUCGCAAGUGCUUCUCAAAUCAAGACGUUUGUUCCAACAAUUCUUGGUUGAUAGUUACACUAUGGUCGAAGCGGAAAGAUUACAGUAUCACAGGUUCCACCAGAGCAAGUUUCAUUCCCAUCAACUGCAAGGCCUUCAUGAGUGUCUAAUACAGGGUGAAACACAAGCUGCAAGAACUGGAAAACGAGUUAUCUUACCGUCUUCAUUUGUUGGUGGUCCCCGAUACAUGUACAACAAUUGCAAAGAUGCAUUUGCUAUUUGCAGGUAUGCCGGAUACCCUAGCUAUUUCAUUACCAUCACAUGUAACUCAGAAUGGACCGAGAUUAAAGAUUGUGUUGCGGCAUAUUCAUUAAAGCCAAGUGAUAGGCCAGAUAUCAUAUCAAGGGUUUUCAAGAUCAAGUUAGAUGUGUUGCUCAAAGACUUAAAGGAUGGGUCCAUAUUCGGAAAGCCUAAAGGAAUUGUGUACACAGUUGAAUUCCAAAAGCGUGGUCUGCCCCAUUGUCAUAUUUUAUUGUUUGUUCAACCAGCCGAGAAGCCUCGAUCAUCUGUGGAUAUUGACCAUCAUAUAUCGGCUGAGAUCCCCGACGAACACACACAACCUAAGCUGUACAGCUUAGUCCAGAAAUUCAUGAUUCACGGACCAUGUGGGGUUUUGAAUAUGAGUAGCCCGUGUAUGGUUAAUGGGAGGUGUUCCAAGUUUUAUCCAGUGCCUUUCCGUGAAAAAACAUCCAUAGACAGUGCAGGUUUUCCCAGGUAUAAACGGUCGGAUAAUGGUCGUUCAACAACCAAGAGGAAUGUUAAUCUCGACAAUAGGUUUGUUGUCCCAUACAAUGCAACAUUGCUCCUUAAGUAUGGCUGCCACAUAAAUGUUGAGUAUACUUGCCAGACGUCUACAAUUAAGUAUUUGUUCAAGUAUGUCCACAAAGAUAAUGAUUGUGUCACAGCUUCAUUCUUUCGAUCACAUGAUUCAGCUGGUUCUGAUGUCACUGUUGAUGAAAUACAGAACUACUAUGAUUGUCGGUAUAUAUCUGCAUGUGAGGCAUCCUGGCGGCUAUUCGGCUUUGAGAUUCAGUACAAAGAGCCUAACGUCAUCCGCCUACCUUUCCAUCUUCCAAAUGAACAAAAUGUUCUGUACGAAGAUCACCAGCUUAUUGAGAAUGUUAUCGACGAUGCGGUCUUAAAGGACAGUAUUUUUAUUGGUUGGUUUAAGGCUAACAAGAAUUUUGAUCUGGCCCGUACGCUUACUUACGCGGAGAUGCCAUCACUUUUUGUUUGGGACAAGCAGGGGUAUAUGUGGAGGCCACGGAAGCAAGGGAACGUGAUAGGUCGACUCACACAUAUUCCUCACUCGCAUGGAGAGGAGUACUUCCUUCGUUUGUUAUUGAAUUAUCAAAAAGGGUGCCAGACAUUUGCUGAUGUCCAUUCCGUUGGUGGAUGA